CCUGAUCGAUAGAUCUCAGCAUCAGGACAAUCGAGCAUCACAAAUACCGUCUCAAUUCCAGACUCGGGAAUAAUGACGGAUAAUGUCACUCGCAUACCCUCCUCUCUGUGGCGCGGGACUUCGACAGCCGGACUGGAUUUUCUCGCCGUAGAAGCACAGCAACUGCAGCUCCAUUCGACUGCUCAUUGGUUGUGUAAAUGUUCCUACCUCCUAUCAUGCUCUCAAGUAAUAAAGCCGAGCACGCGAAGAGCACGGGCUCCCGAGGUCCGUUACCCGCUAUGGAAUCCUGGCCUUCUUCUAGACGAUUGA